AUGCGCCGCCGCGCUUUCUCCGCCGCGCUCCCAGCGGCCAGCGCUGCCUCCGCGCGCGUCCCUGCUCCGGUUCCGCAGCCAUGCGUCGCCGUGCUCGCCCAGCUCGCUGCCGCCGCACUCCCAGCGCAGUGCUGCCUCCGCGCGCCCCCUUGCUCGCCGCCGGCCACCGUCGCACUACCCAGCUUGCCACCGGCCGCGGCCGCUGUGCCUCGCCUCGCCCCCCUGCUGCCAGAGCUCCUGCUGGCUGCGGCCACCACUCCCCGCCUAGCCGCCGUCGCUGCCGCUGUGCCUCGCCCCUUGCUGCCGGAGUUCCUGCUGGCCGUGUCCCACCACUCCUCGCCCCGCCGCCCCUUCUCACCGGUCGAUCGAUUUGUUCCGGUGAGGGGCGAUCGGAGGGGGGAAGAGAGGAUGGGCUACUCGUUGCUGCUGCCGGCUUGGUCAAAGGAGAAGAGGGGUGCAGGUGUUAGUGUGGCAUAG